GCGCGCUUUUUGACUAGUGGGUUACUUUUUGCUGUGUUAUAUAAAACUCUCAUUUCUUUGUUGUUGCCCACCAAAAAGUUCUGGAAAUUAUUGCAAUCCGUUUACUUUCGGACACUUAACCUCUGGAUAUAAUAUCAUCGACUACUAAUAUCUAUAACAAAGUUUUUUACAUAUGUGACUAUUAACAAUAACUCAUAUCUAUAAUUGUAUAUAUUGUUGGAUUUAUAUGUUCAAGUUGGUCCAACGCGAAAAGUCUACAAACACAUAUUGGAAUCUAAACCAAUGGUACGUAGACGCUCGACGAAAUGUGCUGCUCCAAAGAAUUCUGAACCAGCUCCUGAAGAAAGGUCUUUCGUUAACCCAUCAGCUGUCAGUGUGCAUCUCUUCUGUCCUAUAUGCCAGGAGGCAUUUUCUAAUCCUCAGCGUGCACCAUGCGGCCAUUCAUUUUGCAAAAGUUGUAUCGAUCCGUGGAUUCGUGACUCGCCUACCUGUCCGGUUGAUCGUCUGCCUAUCCCAAAAGGAUCCAUGCACCAUGAUUUCAUAGUUGAAAAUAUAAUAGGCGAAUAUAUGGUAUCAUGUCCUUGGCGUUCUCUAGGAUGCGAUUUUAUCGGUCGCUUGUGCAUUUUACCCAGUCAUAAAAAAAUGUGUCCAAUGAAUCCUGAACAUCUUCCUGCAGAAUUACGUAAUCGUAUUAUGGUUGGUUUACAAAAUACAACGAACGGAAAUCAAUCUUCAGACUUGAAUUGUUAUUCAUAUAAUGAAAAGCUGUCGAAAGCUCAACAGGAACCUGCUCCUCCUACAGUCACAAGUGAUGACAGUAAUGAAAGUAAUGCAUCAACUAGUCAUGAGAAUAGUCUACUGUCACAGAAUGUUGGUCCCAGUCUAUAUGACACUAGAAAUAAUGAAAGUGUUGAUGAAGAUCACCUUCUGCCUGCUCCACCACCUUGCCUGUUGUUUCGAUUAUAUCAAAAUUCUGAUGAGAAUGGUCGUAGUCUAUUAUGUAACUUUCUACGAAGUGAUCAACCUUCUGAAUCUACUUCUACCAGUGCAGGUAAUAAACGACGCCGUAGAAGAUGAAAUCAAUGCGAUCCAAACCAUUUUUCAAUUCGAAUGGCAUUUGUGAUCCGUGCAUUUAACAUUCCAUUGAGUGUAAAUUUCAAAUUAAAACUCUUCUCUAUGCGUAAUUUCUCUUUCAUUUUGAAUGUGCAUACAUGCUGUAAAUAUAUAUACAGGGAACAUUUUAAAUUUUGUUAACAUUUAGAGGUUAAAUCAGUGAAUAAACUUGUAAAGCCAAUUUAAGAUAUGGUGUACUCAAAGAAUUUGCCUUAAUUCAACGUCCAAAUAUCUGAUACCUAAAUAGAG